AAACCUCCAGCAAGUUCGCUCGCCUUGUUUGUCUGCAGUGUGUCAGUCAGACAGAGGUGUCCUGCCUGCACCAGUGUGGUCGGAACUUGGACUUACUUCGACCAGGGUUCGGAUUGUGACGCCACCGAACGAAUGCAGAAGAUGUUCUUCUCUCUGCUCCCUGUUGUGGCUCUCUUGCUGAGCACACAGUCUGCACUGUCUGGCACAACCAACGACAAGCGGCUGACUACCGUGGGCCAACACUCCAAGGACAGAUCCUGGAACAGAUACAGAGAUGAGGCAGAGGAUGACUACUUCAAAAGCUGGGCACCUGCCAGGUCUCUAGACCAACAGCGAGAUACUAAGCCUGGAAGAUAUGGACGCCCAGGGACCAAAACCCACGUUGGUUCUGGCAAAAAGAUGGUGCAGGAUGGUCCUGACACCACUAAGGACCCCUGUCUGAAAGUGCACUGCCCCCCUCAUAAGGUGUGUGUCAGCCACGACUACCAGACAGCCAUAUGUACCAAUCACAAGCAGCCAACUCACAGUGUGAAAGCCCGGAAAGGCAGCGUGGGCCACAAGCAUCGGUUUGAAGCGGGAACUCACGGGAACUGCAAACUGUGUUCAUCAGUCCAUUCAAUUCCGGUGUGUGGCUCCGAUGGACACACCUACUCUUCAAAGUGUAAGCUUGAGUUCCAGAGCUGCCUUGCCAGAAAGAUGAUCUCAGUGAAAUGUGAUGGACAGUGUCCGUGUUUGCCUGGACAAUUGCUUAGCAAGACACCAUUGAAAACUGACAAGACUGCAUGCACUGACGCACAGCUCCACAGCCUGGCUGCGAGGCUCAAGGACUGGUUCGGAGUUCUCCACCUCGAUGCCAACAGAGACCUCAAAUCCACUGACAGCUCGGACUCAGCCACCGGACACUUUGACACAAGUAUCUUGCCCAUCUGCAAAGAGUCUCUGGGAUGGAUGUUCAACAAACUAGACAUGAACUUUGACCUCUUGCUGGACGAAUCCGAGCUGAGUGCCAUUUAUAUGGACAAGUACGAGCUGUGCAUGAAGCCCCUCUUCAACUCCUGUGACUCCUUCAAGGACGACAAGCUGUCAAACAACGAGUGGUGCUACUGCUUCCAGAAACCCGAGGGUUUGCCUUGCCAAGCAGAGAAGAGCAGGAUCCAGAAUCCGAGUCGAAGGAAGAGCCUCGUAGGUUACUAUAUUCCUCGCUGUACUGAGGAGGGCUACUUUAAACCGACACAGUGUCACGGCAGCACUGGACAGUGUUGGUGUGUGGACAAGUAUGGUAACGAGAUCGCCGGCUCCAGAAAGCAAGGCAACCCAAACUGCGAUGAGGAACAGGAGGCUUCGGGAGAUUUCGGCAGCGGCGGUGCGGUCAUCCUCCUCGACGACCAAGAGGAAGAAGCCUCACAGGGUCGGCAGAAGAAGAGACGGGGUCGGAUCCACCCCCGGCAAAUCACUGAAGAUGACGACGAUGAAGAAGACGACAAAGAUGACGAGAUGGGCUACGUGUGGUAGCUCCACCCGCCCCCUUCGGUUCUGACACUGUCGUCGGCCAUACCGGGAAAAGUCCAGCACAGAUUUGAAGCCAUUCCAGCAUCUCCUCCAGUGGCCGUGACAGCAAGUCCAUCUUUUCGCUGAACUCGCCCCUGUAAACUCCAUCCACGUCUUUGUCCUCAUCCGUAUCUCUCUGGCCACAUUUUCUCCUCUCCAAAAUGUUUCUCUCAACACAGAAAGGAAACGGAAAGCCUCCUUCUUUUCGGCUCCUACCUGCCAGUGCGCAGUUAAUAUUCAAACAUGGACUCACAUUUCUCUUCGUCUCGAUGGCCUUGCUCUUUUCUUGUCUGUUUGGCCCAAAUACAAAAGCCAGUGUCUUGGAUGUAAAUAUGGACAGAACAGUCCCCAGUGUAGAUUCUAACAUUCUUCUUCCAUUCUGUCCGUAUUCAAUGAUGUUCCUGCAAAUACACGCUCCCUCUUUCUCUUUGCCAUUUCACGGAAGAUUGUAAAUUAUUUAACUGUUGAUCUUGAAUGUCCCAGAAAGACCAGGUAGCAAUGCGAUUUAAUGAUGUGUCGUUGUUGUUGUUGCUGCAUGUUUCUCAUCGUGUUCCUGUAAAAGAGAGAUUUACCUGGCUUGGCUCAAAACAGAAUGUGAUGCCUAUUUGGCUGCUACAAUACUAUGUCGCUAUGUUGAUGCUGUCUAGUGUCUUUUUUUUUUGUUGUUGGUUCUUCUCCCAAUCUCAGGAGGUAGGAAGUUGCAAUGCAGGGCGAUAGCAGUGGACGCAGAGUGUCAUAACAGCUAUUUGUUAUUUCGCCAGUACGUGAGCUUGGGUUGCUGAGACUGUGCACGGACACUCAGGAAAGUGCUGCCCCUGAGCUGGGAGGACUUAAGAAGUUGGGGGGAACAGAGAAGAGGCUGUAUUCUGCCUCCCCACCCCAUGUCAACCAAGUGAACUUUUCUUUGUUAGUUUGACAAUUUAAGUAAAGUUGCACUUUGGGUGUCUUUUGAACCUUA